AUGAGUAUCCGAACUAAGGGCUCGCUGGCAGGAUGGGACCAGAUGUUGGUCUUGGACCUGACGCUCAUGAAUCAAAUCCACAACUUCUGGUGGCCAAAAGAACAUGGCCGAAAAGGAAUCAUCUGGACCUACAACAACAAGAACAAUGACGUUCAAAUAACAGGGCAACAGAAGGAACCUGGCACCUUCUUGCGUGUUGACCGGAUCAACGACAGCUGCUUUUGGUACGCAGUCAAGUUGACUAGUGGCACAGUCCAAAAGGGAAAUCAAAAGGUCCCGAUCAAGGAGUGGCACAUCCAAUUCCCAGUCAACCUUGAGAACUAUCAACUUCCCAACUCUGACUACAACGACCCGGAGGGAUUAAUUCACUGGGGGGCCAGUAUCAAAUUCGUUCGUCCCCGCGACUCUUGGGACAAGAGAAUGCCGAAAUUUGAGGCAGGUCAGACGCAGUCUCCUAGUGAAAGCGAAGUUACGCAAAGGCUGGGCCUUAACUCUCUCAAUAUUGCCUUCUGGUUCUGGCCUACUUACGACCACUCUCCGGAGAAUGCAGGAGGACUAGGUGUGAUCUUGCGUUUGGUACCCUCGGACAAAGUCUCUCAGGAAAGAUAUCAUUUUGGACCUACCAGCUUCGACUUGCAGCUCAUUUACGAUAAUGGAGGUGGUCUACAUAUUCCAGCCAUGGUCCAGAACCGCAAGGGCCCUGGCACCUGGCCUGCACUCGACGGCGACAGUUUGAAAGAGAAUUCCGGCAAGCUCGGCAUCUCAGCCGACCUGUUCUGGAAUCAAUGGUUCCUCAAGAACUACAGCUACUUCGUCUUCGACACACAGAUCUGGCCCGUUGUUCCCGAUAGCUAUCGUAUUGGGUACAACCCAAACCACCCCUACGUGGAAAAUAAGUCUUUCGUGGAUCAUUAUUAUGAAUUCAUUCCAAAUGAAAUGCAUCAUAACGGAAUAAAUGAAUCCGAUAAAACUGUUUGGACGAGCGGUACUAGUUCGGCUGAUUUGCCGGGUGGGGACCGAUAUAUCAGUCAAAGAACCUGGGUCGAUUUCGGAGACAUCCCUGAGGAGGGGAUCAGUCUCCAGGGACAAAUAAAUGCCAGGCUAGAUGACAGCGGGAACUGGCAAGUUUGGUACUGGGGAGCCAGUUUUCAAGUCAAGGAAAUGCGUACCAACGACGGCAGCGUCGAUGUUGAGAUUGGACAGAUUGGGUGGCUUGGCUUCAACAAUAACAGCUCCCCUGAUUGGGCUAGGAGAUUAUAUUCUACCAUGGGUGAUACUGUGACGCGGACGAUUAAGGCGAAGCUAGGAGAUCUCGUUGGUCUGAAGAAUGCGCAUCAAUUCUGGGUACCAGGGUAUGCAAACUUCAUCGCACAGGAUCCGAAGUUCCUCAACACAAGGGAUCUGGUGGUAGAUAUGUUUAUGAACGGCGUCCCUAAGUAA